UAUCCCGGCAUGCUCCGCGCGCUGUAUCCCGGGGGCGGGGAGCUGCGGCACCGGCGUUGACACUGUGUCUUUGGGAAGACACAAUGCCAUAGAAAGAGAAAGUCUACAUUUGUAAGAAACUGGUUCCACAGACGCUGCAACUGUCAUCAUGGUAGAGAUCUUCCACAUGAUAAUGUGUUUCCAAGGACCCUGCACUUAUGUGUGAAUAAUAAGUGGUUUAACGUAAUUAGCAGAUUGGAUAGAAAUGAAAGAAAAAUAAUAGUGAUGUCUAGAAAUACAAGAGCUUAUUGGAGAAAAGAGUGAUGUUGUGUAAGCAACGCGGAUGGUCCAAGAUUUCACAGAACAGGGCUCUUUUUGGAAUCUAUAAACACAAGAGCUGGUUCUCAGGGGUCUCCGAGUCCACAGGCUGCCGUGGGGAUAACUGUGCUUCCGGUAAUCCUGAUUCUCUUUUAACUCCCAUGGACUCAGAAUAUCAUGCCAGCCACUCACCCAGAGUGGUUAUAAUUGGCGCUGGCUUUGCAGGACUUGGUGCAGCCACCACUCUGGUGAAACAUGGAGUGAAAAACCUGAUUAUCCUGGAAGCUUUAGAUCGUGCAGGUGGUAGAGUUUUCACGCUUCAAUCUUUGGGGUCUGCUGCACUAGAGUUGGGUGCCACCUGGAUCCAUGGCCAAAAGGAUAAUCCACUUUACCAAAUGGCCAAGGAGGCAGGACUGUUAGCGGAUGAUGGCUUCAACAUGAUGACUUGCCAGCCAGUAUCUGUAACUCCCCAGGAUUACUUCUUCACUGAGCAAGGGAAGCUGCUGCCCUCGACCCAGGUAGAACAAGUAACUUGCUUUUUUGGUAGGCUGAUGUCUCAGAUCAUCCAGCAGGACUUUAAGACAGAAUGUGAAUCUUGGUCAGUUGGAGAAUAUCUAGACAGUGAGUUUGCCUUAUCCAACCUUUCCGAGGCUGUAGGUACUGAAGAUGUCUUUGAAUGGUGUAAGCGCACUGAGUGCAUUGAUGAGGCUUGUAACUCCAUGUAUGAAUUCUCCUUGAGUCAGCUCAGCUUGUACACUGCCCUAGAAGGGCCUUUUUUUAACUGCUUGGGAAGUAAAGGUUACCAAGCUCUGCUAAAUGUCUUGAUAGACAAACUGCCUCCUAAUGCACUUCGUUUCCGUAAAGUGGUUCGUUGCAUCCAAUGGGAAGGAUCUCCAAAACCAGUUGGCAGUAUUUAUGAACAUCCCAUCAAAGUCGUUUGUGAAGAUGGGGAGCAUUUUCCAGCAGAUCAUGUGAUUGUCACUGUGUCACUUGGCUACUUGAAGGAACAAGCUUCCUCAUUAUUUGAUCCCCCACUGCCACGUGGAAAGAUGGAAGCCAUUGAGCGGCUGGGAUUUGGUACAGUGGCCAAGAUCUUUUUGGAGUUCUCUGAGCCCUUUUGGCCAGAUGACUGUGCAGGAAUACAGUUAGUAUGGAAACAGGGCCCUGAAAGCUUAAAGGGUUAUUCUAAUGGACGUAAAGGAUAUUCUUGGCGUUCAGAGUGGUACAAGAAGAUUGGAGGCUUUGACUGUGUUCCAAUGCAUAGAAGCACCCUCUGUGGCUGGAUAACGGGACUGGCUGCAGAGCACAUGGAGACUCUCCCAGAAAUCGAAGUGGGAGAUGCGUGUGUCAGUCUCUUGAAGCAAUUUACUGGCUGGCCAGUGACAGAACUGCGCAAGGUGCUGCGUUCCACAUGGCACAGCAACCCCUACUUCCGAGGCUCCUACACCAAUGUGCCAGUGGGAGUGGAUGCAGUGAAAGAACAGACAGCCCUGGGUGAACCGCUGCCCUCCAGCCACCACAAGAAGACUCUCCGGCCGCUGCAGGUCCUGUUUGCAGGAGAGGCCACGCACCCUAACUUCUAUACAACUACACAUGGCGCUUACAUGACAGGUGUGCGGGAAGCUGAGCGCAUUAUACAGCUGCAUGAGUUCAAGGCCAGCCCACGUCUGUAGUUAUGUCUACUGAUCGUCAUGUCUGCAAUAAAACAACUUCCUGCACCCAAGUGCCAGUGUGUUUGUACUGCAGGUGAUCUAAUAUUCAGCUAUUGCUUAUGGAAGAAUUUCUGUUCAUCUAGGUUUUUAGCAUUUUAAAUUGAAAAACACACCACAAAUUAAAUUGUUCUAGAAUUACAUAGAGCUAUCAAAUCUAUAUUUAUGGCCUUUAUUAUUGUAUGUAUGUAUUUAAUUUAUUUAUAAUAUAUAUGUAUCCUUUCUGUAACUAACAGCUCCUCAUUAUGGAGAGAACAAUUAGCAAUGGACUGUUCCCCACACACUGCAGGGGGAGCCCUUAUUGUGGUCUGAACCCACAUACAGCUUAGGAAUUAGUGACAUCGCCAUAGAUGCCUCAUGCCUUGGUAAUGCUGCUACAGUACCUCCUAGUGAAUGUGCAUGCUGCUUUCCAACAAGUAUUGAUUACUUUGGGGGGAAUUCAGUUUAUCGCAGUUGUGUAGUCAUAAUAUGGUCUGCAAUGCUCAUUUUUUCUCACACCUCUAUUGGGUGCAAGGGAAAAUAGUCAAUGCCUUUGGUCACAAGGUGCCAGUGUUCUGCCCGUUCUCACAACAUCCAUAUGGUAAUUUGCUGACACAAUGGACGCAGAUCUUGCUUCCAUAGCAAAAUCUGCAUAAAUAUACUCACAUGCUGGGGGCCGCCCAGCACAGGGCAAAAAAAACCAAGCAACAUUUCCCUGCCCAGAUAACCCGCAUAGUAUCGCACACAAGGAUUGGACAGAACCUUCUAAUUUAAUCUACCUUUGCGUGUAGGUUCGGGGUACAUUUUCAGAAGGUUUCUUCCAUGUUGAAAUACCAUUUUACGAAUGAUAAAAUAAAUCUGGUGUAAUUUUAUGUAACAAUAAAAAAAUAUUUGUUAACAUGCUUGGCAAAAUCUCAAAUGUAAUAAAUAAAGCUUUCUUCUUCUGUU